AUGUCGUCUAUCAUUCCUAAAUACUUCAAAGUAACACAGCUGAAGUCCACCAUUGCCAUGCCUCUCAGAAAAACGCAGACGCUGCAAAAAUUGGGCUUACAUAAAAGACAUCAGGUUGUCUACCAGAAGAUCACACCUCAGCAGGCAGGUAUGAUAUCGUCCGUGAAGGAAUUAGUCAAAGUUGAGUUGACCCAUGAUAAAAAGACAAAGGAACAAAUGAGAAACGAGCGGAAAUCAGAUCCUGGUUUCGUGGUUGUUGCCAAGAGAGGUGAGAAUAGAGUGUAA